AGCAAAUCGUUUAAAAAGAUACUCGUAAAAAUUGGACAAGACACUCUAUCAAGUGCCUUGUUGUGUAUACAAGAGUAAAUGAAGAAGUUGUAGGAAAUACUGAGAGUUAAGAAAAUGAAGCCACUUGCAUGGAUGGGUUCUCUGUGGAUCCUGCUCGUGGGUGGAGCGGCGGAAAUUCCUCCUGGCUCAGUCCUCUUAGCAUCCGACCCGAAUUCUAGCUGGCCAUCUCCCAACAACACCUUUUCUCUCUCAUUCAUCCCCGACCCCGAGGAUCCCAACCACUCCUUCGCCGCAAUCAGCUACGAUGGAAGAACCCCCAUCUGGAAGGCUGGCGCCGCCGCCCUUGACUCCUCUGCUGCUUUCCGGUUCCUCUCCAACGGAGAUCUUCAGCUCACCGGUGGACCUUCUUCUUCUCCCACCGUUGCCUGGAGCUCGAACACCGCCGGCCGCGGUGUAUCCUCCGCCCACCUUGACGACUCCGGUAAUCUCGUUCUUAAGAACGCCACCGUUUCGAAUAUCUGGUCUACUUUUGACAAUCCUGCCGACACCAUCGUUCCCUCCCAAAAUUUCACCCUAAACCAAGUUUUGAAAUCGGGGAACUUCUCCUUCAGGCUGAGGCAAAACGGCAACUUAACGCUUCUGUGGAACGGUUCGAUUGCUUAUUACAAUUCCGGGUUGAACUCUUCCUCCAACGCGAACUUGAGUUCCCCCAGUUUGGGAAUAGCCCCAGUCGGCAUCCUAUCGCUUUUCGACCCGAGCCUUCCCAUUCCCUUGAAUGCGGUGUAUAGCAGCGACUAUGCCGAGGAGGGAGAUAUCCUCAGGUUCGUGAAGCUCGACAGCGAUGGCAAUCUCCGGAUUUAUAGCUCCGCGAAGGGGACUGGAGUUGCCAAUGUCCGAUGGUCUGCUUUGAGUGACCAAUGUAAGGUUUUUGGGUAUUGUGGGAAUUUGGGGAUAUGCAGUUACAGCAAUUCCGGUCCCAUUUGUGCCUGCCCUUCUGCAAAUUUCGAGCCUGUCGAUCCUGAAGACGGCAGAAAAGGGUGCAGGAGGAAAGUCGAACUGGCCAACUGCCCUUCGAACCGCAGCAUGUUGCAAUUGGAUCAUGCUAUGUUCUUGACCUAUGAUCCCGAACUGGCCGAUCAGAGUUUCACUGAAGGCAUUUCGCCUUGCAAGCUUAACUGCCUCGUCAAUUCCGCUUGCAUUGCUUCUACGUCAUUGGCAGACGGGACGGGGUUCUGUUACCAGAAACUGCCUACUUUCGUCAGUGGGUAUCAGUCUCCGACCCUGCCCAGCACUUCGUUCGUAAAGGUCUGUGGGACCCUAUUGCCCAACCCAUCCGGCACAUCGUCGCCUGGAAGCCUCAAGAAGGUGAGCAGAGGGAAGGUGGAGUGGUGGGUGGUCGUAGUUGUUGCCUUAAGUACACUUUUGGGCUUGGUUUUGAUAGAGAGCGGUUUAUGGCUGUGCUGCUUUAAAAACAGGCGCAAAUCGGCCCCAUACGUCGUCCUCCAUGAGUACGCAUCGGGUGCGCCCCUUCAGUUUUCAUACAAGGAGCUCCACCGAGCGACGAAAGGGUUCAAGGAGAUGCUCGGAUCAGGGGGGUUCGGAGCGGUCUAUAGAGGCGUUCUCGCCAAUAAAACUGUCGCCGCCGUGAAACAGCUGGAGGGAAUCGAGCAAGGGGAGAAACAGUUCCGGAUGGAGUUCACCACCAUUAGCAGCACUCACCAUUUGAAUCUGGUGCGACUGAUUGGGUUUUGUUCUGAAGGACGGCACCGCCUACUUGUGUAUGAGUUCAUGAAAAACGGCUCGCUCGAUCAGUUCCUCUUUCCUUCAUCUUCCUCAGAAAGCAAGCCUCUUUGUCUGAACUGGCAACAGCGAUAUAACAUAGCCCUGGGAACUGCAAGGGGGAUAGCAUACCUUCACGAAGAGUGUAGAGAUUGUAUCAUUCAUUGUGAUAUAAAGCCUGAAAAUAUUCUGUUGGAUGAAGGUUACAAUGCGAAGGUUUCUGACUUUGGCUUAGCCAAACUUAUCAACUCUAAACAGCAGAUUAAGGACCGAACCUUGACGAGCAUUAGAGGGACCAGAGGAUAUUUUGCUCCGGAAUGCCUAGCAAACCUACCUCUUUCCACCAAAUCGGAUGUUUACAGUUACGGGAUGGUUCUGUUGGAGAUGAUAAGUAGGAAAAGGAAUUUUGAAGUCUCUGCGGAGACGAACCAGAGAAGGUUCUCUGUGUGGGCGUAUGAAGAAUACGAGAAGGGUAAUUUUGUGGGAAUCUUGGACAAAGAGCUUCACGUCGAAGACACAGAUGUGGAUCAACUAAUGAGAGCUGUUCAAGUUAGCUUUUGGUGCAUACAAGAGAAAGCAUCUCAGAGACCGGCAAUGGGCAAGGUGAUUCAGAUGUUAGAAGGCGUUUGUCAGAUUGAUAGGCCGCCGACGCCUACUGCCAGUCUGACAGAGAAGGGUUGCAUUCGUGGAAGUAGUAGUAGUAGUGCAUAAGUAUAAACUCUGGUAGUGCAAUAUCUCUUUCCUCCUUCACAGAAGCCUCUCUGCACAUCCUCCCUCGCCAGCGUCUUCCUUUCAUACUUCAGCAAUUAUAUCUUCUUUUUCUGCACAGCAGAAUGUUGAGCGGGGUUGUUCAUCACUCUUGCAUGCAGAAUAAGUUCCAACUUCACUCUCCCAGCUCAUCCAUGAGAUGAGUGCCUGUUUAAAUAAUUUAUUUGGACGUACAAUUGUAGAUUUUUAUCCAUUCUUCCUUGGAGAAUUAAUGAAUUAUACUCCUUCCUAAUAGACUAAUAUAUUUAGGAAUCUGCCUAAUAUCUAUUUAGGAAUCUGACUAAUAUUUAUUUAGGAAUACUUUGUAUUUUGGAAACUCUUCUAUUAUAAAUAUAUCUGUCAGCACUCCUAUUGGAGUACACUUUCCCAUUAUUUCACAUGUUAUCAAGAGCUCUAGGUUUUUAGACACAUUUUUUCUCUCUUUUUUUUCCGGUUCCCAUGAACCCUAGUACAGCCGCUGCCGCCUCGGGGUCGAUUGCCGCCACAUCUACGGCAUUCUCCGAGCCUUUGAGGAUGAGCGCGACUGAUAUGGCGCAGAUCACCUUCUCCGCGUCGCUGACCACGGUGUUUGCUUCCAGCGUACCGUUGAGUUCGCCGCCUGCUGCUGCCUAUGUCCGCGCAGCCCACCUUUUCUCCGUCGCUGACCACGGUGCUUGCUUCAAGCGUGCUGUUGAGUUCGCCGCUUGCUGCUGCAGACAUCUAUUCUCAUGGAGAUCUCAUUGUCAAAGAUGUGCCUUCUAAUCUUCCGCUGACGGACAUAUUUACUAAGAGUUUUUUUUAGUUCGCACUUUCAUUUUUUAAAAGGACAACCUGCACGUUGUAUCUCCCGCACAGUUUGAGAGAGUGUAAUAGACUAAUAUAUUUAGGAAUCUGCCUAAUAUCUAUUUAGGAAUACUUUGUAUUUUGGAAACUCUUCUAUUAUAAAUAUAUCUGUCAGGACUCCUAUUGGAGUACCAUUUCCCAUUA